UAACUGACAAGUAAAUAUAACCUCUAAAAACCAAUCGGACACCAAAACAAAUUAAAUAAAGUUGGAAUUGAAUGGGAUAAUUACUAGGUAAUAGGUAUAAAUAAUCUCAAUAUGGUGACACCUGAUUUCCAAGGUGACGACUGGGAUUUACCGUGCUCAGACGACGAAAUAUCAAAAACAGGAGUAUUAAUUGGCAAAAGUUGGAUGCCCGAUCCCGCCGAAUUAGAAGAUUUGUACAAAACUAUUGAAAAAACGGGCACUUUACCAUUGGAAUGGAAGUGUCCAGGUAGACGAGCUCCAUCACCAGUUCAAGUCUGCAAAGACAAUCAACCAGAAAUACCCGCCUCGCCUAUAAGAGAGGAAAAGUCCGAUUUUGAUUUUAUGGACGAAGUUAGUUCUUUGCGUUUACGUGUUCGCAGGGAGGGAGAGGAUACGUUAAGAGGGUCAGCGAAGAAAAAAACAACGUCGUUUGAUGGCAUUUUGUCUAAUAUGAUUAGGCAUAAAAGAAUAGAGCAAAUGGAGAAACAGGCCAACACUCCAUCUUCCUCACCAAACACCUGACUGACAAGUCGUCAUAUGGACACAUUAUUUAAUAAUGUUUUGUUUAAAUAUGUAAUGGAACAAAGAUGUAAUUAAAUAAACAAAGUUUACAUCCUUCAACAAUGUUGAUUCAAAGAAGACUAAAGGCUGAAUCUUAAAAAUUUCAAUUUGGCAAACAUCAAAAUUUUAUUGGAAUAUGGUUUGUAUUAAGUGUUAAGGCUCUCAAAGAAACAAUUUCUUAGGGUUGAUUUUACUUAAUGUGAACAGCAAACACUGAAAUGAGUUUCUAAAAUACAUAAAAUCGUCUGAAUAUU